AUGGCAACCCCCCUGGCAGCAGUCCUGUCCACUCUCAAUCUCCCACUACUGGCGCUUUUCUAUCUCCCUCCUCAGCUUCGCCAGGAACGAGACUGGACAUAUCGACAAGCCCUAAUGAAUAAAUUGCUCAAAUCAUUUUUGCGCAAUUAUACAGCAGUUCACGUGAAACAACCGCUCUCGCUCAAGCCGCGCCUCGAAGGAGAUCGUUUUGCCGUGAUUGAACCUGCGAGCCCCGAACUUUACACUGGCGUUGCUGAGGACAAGGAGAUUGUACCGGAGACAAUUGGGGGGACUUGGUAUCCGGUACCUUACCAAGUAAACGAGUCUCCGGUCAAAGAUCAGCAUGUUGCACUGCACUUGCACGGCGGUUCUUAUGUGUUAGGGGACGGCCGGACAGCAUCCUGCCAAUCGCUCGUCAAGACCUUACUUUCGAACACCCCGGCGAAAUAUGUUUUCAGUCUUCAGUACCGACUCGCUUGCAAUCCGAACGCACGCUUCCCGGCACAACUCCAAGAUCUCAUCACCGCAUACUCCUAUCUACUCCACACCUUGCACAUCCCACCCUCGCGUAUCGUCAUCAGCGGGGACAGUUCCGGAGCUCAUCUUACUAUUGCCUUACUCCGCUACAUAGUCGACCACCCGUCUAUUCUUCCCGCGCCGAAGUGCAGCUGGCUGUUUUCUCCUUGGUGCGAUAUCCCCGAAGCCACUGAUACCGAAAUCUGGAGGAAGAGCCCAAACUACCAAACGGAGUAUAUCCCCCCGACAUUUCCGGCAUGGGGUGCCAGUCAGUUCCUGAAGGAUGUUGAGAUCACAGAGCGCGUCGAGCGAUAUGUGGCUCCGUUGUGGCAUCCGUUCACCGUACCCUCGCCAGUGCUGGUUGUCACAGGGGAGCGCGAGGUCCUGGCUCCAGAACACAUAAAGAUGGCACAGAGCCUUCAGAACAUGACAAAGGAUAAUAACUCUCGAGUUGAAUUGUUUGUGGAGAAUAAAGUGCCCCAUGAUGUCCUGAUGGUUGGAUGGAUACUGGGAUUCCGCGAGGAGGCGAAGCAGUGUGCUAGCAGAGCUGGGAAGUUUGUUGGUCAGGUACAAACUAUGCCAGAGAAAGAUCAAUUGGAUCAGUCAACUCAUGUGCCUGGCAGUCCAUUGGGCGAGAUCAAUCAACAUUGA